UCAUUCGUUCGGACAGAUUUCGGGUGGAUCGCGCUCCUUGAUCUGUCGUAUAAAUAGUAAUGCAUUUGAUCGAAACUGUAUCAGUUCACUUCUAACAAACCCAAUUGAAUCAUUAUACCUGAUCUUCUAAGCUUGACUGCAAAAAUGAAACUUUUCAUCACAUUGUCUGCCCUGCUGGCUGUUGCCGUAGCCGUCGAGUACCAUCACGUAGAACACAAGCACAUCCCGAUUGUGCACAGUGAAUCGUACCAUGGACACGAUGGAAGCUUCAAGCACGAAUACGAAUCGGCCAACGGAAUUUCGGUUCAGGAACAGGGCUACGUCAAGAACGCCGGAGACAAGGAACACGCAACCAAUGUUGUCCACGGAUCGUACUCGUACACUGACCCCCAUGGUGUCCCAGUAUCCGUGAGCUACUCUGCUGAUGAGAAUGGAUUCCAGGCCCAUGGAUCGCACAUCCCAACCGCGCCACCACUACCAAAGGCCCUGGUUGAAGCCUACGCCAAAGCCGGAAGCCACCCGGAGAGCCACGCUGAAGUGCACUACAGCAAGCCGGAACCACACUACAAGCACUAUUAAAGCAAGCAACUACCUCCCCACGGAUGAGUUUUUAGUGCUCAGAACAGGUCGUCUAUCCUGAGCUGAGAACUAUAAACGUCUUCAUCUGGCCCAGGGAAGGAUGGCUGCGAGUUUCCAAAGAAAAGACUGCCCCGUUGUUUUCGACAGUUCUCAAUGUGAUAUCUACCUGGCUGGCCCAGCUGGACCACCCCGGAAGAUUUGAUUUGUUUUAUUUUUGUGGAAAAUGUCAGUGUAUAAAACUGCAAUGCAAUGUAUUCAAUAAAGCACGAUUAGUAACAAUUUAAACGAAAA